AUUCCCCAAAUCUCCGCCCUUUGCACGCUCCCAUCGAAUCAAAUAGUCGGCACUUCCGACCAAGCUCAUCUCCUGUUUCUUUGCUUGACUGCCUACUAUCACCCUCCCACUCAUUCUACCACACUACCCGUGACCAAGAUAGCAACAAACCCCCUCCAUCCUCCCCACGCACGGACGUUUUCUUGUUCUCGGCUGUUACUACUCCCUCGCCUUGCCACCAACAACAAAGCAAACAAUGUGCUAGUGCACUUCAGUCCUCGGAUAAUAACAAUAAUUCGCAGAAAAAUUCAGUGUUUAUAAUAACAUAACUAAUGUCUCGAUCCGGCGUCGUCGUUGAGCUACACCGGCUGCCACUCUCGAGGCAGCUUCCAACACCAAUUCUGCGUUUGUUGGCUCUCGGGGUCCCCUUUGUCUUCUUAAGUUGGGUGGUAUACUCUAGGCUCCCGUUCGCCCCAAAUCAGCAUGGCAGAAAGUUGGGCGUUAAAACAAGUAAUCUUGCGGAUUCAUAUCGACACGGGAUCGAUGCCUUGGACGCAGGUCAGUGGAGAGUGAAGGGUUUAUGGAUCUUCCCGGUGAAGAGUUGCCGCGGAAUUGAGGUUGCUGAAGCUCGAGUCAUACCAUCCGGAAUUGAGCAUGAUCGUCAAUUUGUCUUCGCAGAAUGGAAGCAAAAUCUCAAGACUGGAAAUCUUCAAUGGAUCUUCAUAACCCAGAGGCAGUAUCCAAAGAUGGCACUCAUUACGACUGAGAUAUACCUUGAAGGAGUAAACGAUGGUAACCUACACAUCACUUUCCCAAUCAAGUCCCAUCUACCUUUCCUCAAGCCAGCCAGAACAAUUCGCUUCCCACUCUUAGUUUCCGAGGAGUUCAAGGCGAGGUACCCGCUCAAGCAAGUAGGAAUCUGGAAAGAUCACCCACUAGCAUACGACAUCUCCUCUGCCGUUGAAACGGAGCUCCGGGAGCUGUCGACUUACCUAUGCACUAAGGGCCCACUAGCACUGUUCAGGAUAUGCCCGGAAGAGUUACGAGAGGUCCACAGGAAUGCACCCACAGUCAAUGAAGUCGGAUAUCAGCCAGUCACGGGAUUUGCGGACGCGUACCCUUUGCACAUGCUAAACCUCGCCUCCGUUCGCGAACUCAACUCCCGCAUUACCGACAGCAUCCCUAGACUCGAUAUCCUGCGUUUCCGUGCGAAUAUAAUCCUCUCCGGGCCAAGCCCCUUCACUGAAGACGACUGGAAGAAAAUCCGGUUAGGUGGAUACGUCUACUACGCAGGCACACUAUCAUUCUCGAGUCCUAACAAUGCAAUCACUAACGAACAAAUAGCCUGUAGAACCGUGCGAUGCAAAAUGCCAAACGUAGACCCUGAUACUGGUGAGAGGCACAUGCAAGAGCCUGACCAGACAAUGCGCAGCUAUCGCGCUAUUGAUCUGGGGAAUAAGCAUGGGGCGUGUUUGGGAAUGCAAUUGGUUCCUGCCUCAGCUAUGGGUAUCCUCCGUGUCGGUGAUGGCGUAGAUGUUCUUGAAACGGGGUCGCAUCAUUAUAUCAAUUUGUAGGGUGGAGGGAGGGGGGUUCUCAACAGAUGAUUGACGUUGCAUCUAGACUCUUGCAGCUAUUCAUAGAUGGGAAUACUGUAGCGCCUAGGCCCCGGAUAACUGUUUAGGACGUAGUUUGGGCUACUCUAAAGAUAUCCUUAUCCUCCUGCCUUCUCACCCAUUUUAUCUUUUCCUUGGUAUACUAGUAGUAGACCCUUUACCGGAACGGGGAUGCAAGGUGCAAUGGUAUUGGCGAGGGUUUUACUGCCUAAUACACCAUGGUUGACCAAGCCCUGGAUGGGGAAUAUCCUUUUUGUUACUGGGUACCUGUCAAUCCGACAUCUGGAUUGUCAUCUUUUUUUCUUCCUCCAAAUGAUCGCGCUGCUAGGGCACCUACACUGAACUGUAUAGUUAGAGUAAAUUUCAAGAAAAACCUAUGCCC